AUGGCCGAGGAACAUGUUGAUGAAGGCACAAGGCGCCUCGCUUUUACAACCAAGAAUUACCGCGUUCUAUAUCCCGCCAUCGAUCCUACUCGUCCAGAACUUUCUCAGAAGGGCAAGGUCAUCGUUAUCACUGGCGCUAGUCGUGGUUUAGGACGACUGAGUUUCGCUACCUCCUUUGCACAAGCAGGUGCAUCAGCCAUCGUGCUUAUCGGCCGUUCAGAAAGUGGCCUCGUCGAAACAGAAAAACUAGUCCUCGACAUAAAUCCCGCCAUCAAAGUCCUUCGCUUCCCCCUCGACGUCACUGACGAGACAGCCGUGAACAACGCAUUUAAAGAGAUAACAACCCAAGUCGGUGUUCCGCACGUCUUGAUCAAUAAUGCGGGGAAGCUCGCCCCCCUCGUCAGCACCGUUGAAUCAAACUUGGAUUCAUGGUGGAAUUGCCACGAGGUCACGGUCAAAGGAACCUUCCUCGUUACAAAGGCAUUUAUCAAGGAGACUGGAUCCAGUCCUUCUGCCCCGACAUCAAUUAUCACCAUAACAUCCCAAGCAAGUCUCGGCAAUCCACCCGGAAUGGGCGCAUACUCCAUGGCAAAACUUGCUCUCUCGAAACUAAUGGCUUAUAUCGCUUCCGAGCAUCCCGACAUCACGGCUGUCGUUCUUGAUCCGGGUAUCGUCGCAACUGAUAUGGCAAACAGCGUGCCGUUCCUUGCGCCGUUUUUAAAUGAUACACCGGAGUUGGUUGGGGGUUCUGGCGUGUGGAUGGCUAGUGGUGAUAAGAAGUAUCUUUCUGGAAGAUAUGUGUCUGUUAAUUGGGAUGUGGAGGAGAUUGAGAGACGCAAGGAUGAGAUUAUUUCUGAGAACCAGUUGAAAUUUUUCAUUAAGGCGAAGUUUGCUAAUUAUGAUGAUGUGACUGUCCAAUACUAA